CUUAUUGGUCACUGCACGAACCGCACAGGAAGCUCUCGUCAUCUUUUCACUGUAAUACUUUUCCUGGUCAAUAAGCCUAAAAGAUGCACACAAAAAUUUUCGCUUUUUGAUUCAAAGCUCUUACCGUUCCAUCCACAAUGGCAGAGAUUGAACUGAAAACUGCUCCGGCUGAUUUUCGAUUCCCGACUACCAACCAAACGCGGCAUUGUUUCACCCGCUACAUUGAGUUUCAUAGGUGUGUAGCUGCUAAGGGUGAAGAAUCUGGUGAUUGCAAUAAAUUUGCCAAAUACUAUCGUUCCCUUUGCCCUGGGGAAUGGAUUGAUAAGUGGAACGAGCAGAGGGAGAACGGAACCUUUCCCGGGCCUCUCUAAUUAAACACAGUAUGUUAGGUUUCCUGUCCUUCUCUACUGGGAUAUUCUGUUCGCCUCUAUUUUGAAGCACUCAUCUGGUUCCUUUAACGUUGAAGAGAAUAAUUAUUGCAAAUAUCUUACAUUGUUUGUUUUGCUUAAGGAAACUGAUGCCUUUGAAUGUUGAUUAGCAUCUUAGUUUCCUAUCAACACCAUCCUUGAUAUUUUCUUGGGAAUUGCUCAGUUUAUGCUCUUUUUCUCUAUAAUGAUUUUAGUGAUCCCAUUGAUUUUA